ACCCAAUCAUUUCUGUGUAUUCUCUGCUCUGAAAACAUGGCCAGACUCUGGACAUUUGGAGUUGUUCUGAUAGCCUGCGUCCUUGCAACCUUGGGGGCUGGGGGCAUACUUUCUGGAGAACGUUGCGACAAACUAGAGCAUUGCGUUCAUCCAUCGAAGUGCGUAGAAACAAAUAAUAUUAUCCUCCGAUCAGCAGAAUUUGUAACCUGCAAUAAAUUUCAAGUUUGCUGCAAGGCUCUAGAGAAGAAGGAAAAGCCAACUCCGGCUCCAGAGCUAGAAAACAAAUGGUCACAGUGCGGCGUCAUCAAUAAAAUAGGCUUGCAAUCAGUGAAUCUAACUUCAGAAGAGGCACGACCUGGAGAAUUCCCGUGGGUAGUAGCGUUCUACAACAAGGGACAAUAUAUUGGCGCCGGUUCGCUGGUGGCUCCGAAUAUAGUCCUUUCAGCUUAUCAUAUUAUGAACGAUGUGUCCAUGGAAGAUUUGCGGAUCAGAGCUGGCGAUUGGGACUUGAAUUCUGACCGUGAGUCCUUUCAGCCGCAGGAGAGAUCUGUGAUCCGCAUUGAUGGCCACGAAGACUUCUAUAUUAGGACCGGUUUCAGUAACUUGGCGCUUUAUUUCUUGGAUACACCCUUCCAAUUGGCGGAUCACAUCCGGACUAUGUGCUUGCCAGAUUCACCCAACGCCUUCACUGUUGACGAUUGCGUGAUGAGCGGAUGGGGAAAAAAGAAGUUCACGGAUGAACACUACUCGUCCGUAUUGAAGGCAACUCAAUUGCCUCUAGUGAACACCUCUGAUUGCGAGUUUCUUCUAAGAAACACAAACUUGGGCAACGAGUUCAAGCUUGCUGAAGGCCUACUUUGUGCUGGUGGAAACGAAAAUGAAGAUGCCUGCACUGGCGAUGGAGGAUCUAGCCUGUUUUGCCCUAUGACAGAGGACCCAGAUCGCUACGUCCAAGUUGGUAUCGUCAACUGGGGUAACGGGUGUGGUCAGCGAAACGUCCCGGGAGUCUACACUGACGUGUUCUAUUUCCGAGAGUGGAUUCGGCAGAAAAUGGAAGAAGUCCCUCAUUUCCCACCACAGCCUACGGUCAAACCUUGCCGCCAAAUGGGGGACUAUAGAUAAUGACUUUUCAGUUAUUAUUUUGAAUUAAUAAUGUUCUGUACAUUUCAACAAUUAAAGAAUAAAAUACUAUUGUCAUGGAGA